GCCAGCCCAGCUGGAGGAAGCCGCUGUAGCGGCAUUAGCGGCCACGAUGAGCACGGGCGACGCCGUGUGCACGGGUUGGCUCGUCAAGUCGCCCCCCGAGAGGAAGCUGCAACGCUAUGCUUGGCGCAAGCGGUGGUUUGUUCUCCGGCGGGGCCGCAUGAGUGGCAAUCCUGAUGUCUUAGAGUACUAUCGCAACAAGCACUCCAGCAAGCCUAUCCGUGUGAUAGACCUCAGUGAAUGCACUGUGUGGAAGCAUGCAGGCCCUGACUUCGUUAGGAAGGAGUUCCAGAACAAUUUUGUGUUCAUUGUCAAGACUACUUCCCGUACAUUCUACCUAGUAGCCAAGACUGAGGAAGAAAUGCAGGUGUGGGUACACAGCAUCAGUCAAGUCUGCAAUCUCAGUCACCUAGAAGAUGGUGCAGCAGAUUCUGUGGAGAGUCUCUCUCCCAUGCCCUCCUCCCUCCAGCCAUCCACUGCCAGUUCACUUCAUACCGCCCAUGUUGCCAACUCUGCCUUGCCAAAAGAUGACCCAAACACUAAUACAGUAUCCACUGAGGAAAACAGAAGUGAGUCAGCGUUUCUCUUCCUUCCUGAUUAUCUGAUCCUGUCCAACUGUGAGACUGGAAGACUACACCAUACCAGUCUUCCCACCAGAUGCGAUAGCUGGUCAAAUUCAGAUCGUUCAUUGGAACAGACUUCUUUUGAUGAUGUUUUUCUUGAUGGUCUGCAGCCAUUUACCUCUAAUACUUUGAUCCAACCCCUACACCAAGGGAAUGGAUCUCAGGAUGUGCCUUCCACAAGGCCCCAGCCUGCUCUAAUCUGGAAUAGAGAAAUCAAUGUUCCAUCCAGGAACCACAUGUCUUCUUCACCAUUUCUAGAGUCUUCUUUAAAUCCCAUAAUUCAUGUAGAGAAAAAGCAAGUUUCCUUACCCAGUGGGGCAAAAGAACUAAGCAUUAUGUCCAAUACUCCACCUCCUCGCCCUCCUAAGCCAAGUUAUCUCUCUGAACGGCGCCAGGAAGAUCAGCUCCUGUUGACUGGGUACCGCAGUAGCAAGAAGCCAGGGUACACUAUGGUACCAAGAAGAAUCUCUCUCUCUGGUUUAGACCAUGUCGGGUCAUGGAAAGGUGAUGUACAAAGCCAGUCCCUGAGACACAGGGAUAAGCGGCUCAGUUUAAAUCUGCCAUGUAAGUUUUCGCCAAUGUAUCCCACAGCUUCACUCACUGUUGAAGACAGCUAUGUGCCCAUGAGCCCCAAAGGCACUGUUUCUAGUCUGAGGCCCCAUUAUAGCCAGGAUGACUACAUCCCAAUGAACUCAAGCAUGCUACCCGAGUUACCUGCAGAUUUGGAGCCACCUCCAGUGAACAGAGAUCUCAAGCCCCAGAGGAAAUUACGGCCACCUCCCUUGGACCUGAGAAACCUUUCCACCAUCCGAGAACACACAUCUCUAACCAGGACUCACACUGUGCCUUGCAAUCGAACCAGCUUUCUCUCUUCACAAAGAAAUGGUAUUAAUUCUGCAAGAUUUUUUGCCACUCCUUCUUCCAAAGAAGAAGAAGAAAGCUACAUCCAAAUGGAAGAAUAUAGAGCAGUCAAUUCCAUGAGUAGUAGUGCUCUUAAUUGGACAAAGAAAUUCAGCCUGGAUUAUUUGGCCCUGGACUUCAAUACAGCAUCACCAGCCCCUGUGCAGCAGAAACUUCUUUCAGAAGAGCAGAGAGUAGACUAUGUCCAAGUGGAUGAGCAGAAGACACAAGCUCUCCAGAGCACCAAGCAGGAGUGGACUGAUGAGAGGCAAUCCAAAGUGUGAGAGGUGUGGGCUUGGGCAAACUGUGCAGCAGGGAAGUUUGGGAGUAUGUUUGCAAUUUUUACAUUCAAAAAAAUAUACCAAUGGCCAGUAUAGGGCAAAAACAAGAAAAAUGUGUGUUCUGGGGAGUCUUGGUAAAAACUUUUAGAAGAAAGCCUAUGCACUGAGUUCAGGGAGUCCAGUCCCCAACACCAGAGCCUGCAGCAAAUGUUCAUUUUUCCAGCCUCAGGGAUACUUGCCAUUGAUUCCAUAGUCAAAGAGAAAGAGAAAAAGAAUGCUACAGCCACAGGUGGAGAAGUAAAAAAGUGGCAUUCAUUCAGGCAAAGUAGGAACAACAACAGCAAAAGAUUACAAAAAUGUUCUUCCAAAUACCCUGGUAAACUUUUGUCAAAAUAGAGUAUUUGGAGCAAAAGUUGGAACUAGUACCAACAGGAUGAUGUAAUUUGCCUUCAGUAUGUGAAAUCCUGUCCUCUACACUUAGAUUAUAAUAAUAAAUUACCCCAGUAAAGUGGACUUGGAGCUGGUCUUGUCACAACCACUGAAGACGUAGUUGAGGAGAUCAAAUCUAGCAAUGGUGGCGGGUACAUCUAAAGUCUUUACACCAAAGACUUCAUUAAUUCAGGCAUUUCUAUUCCCAAGUCAACACAAUUCCAGUGAUGGGUAGUGAAUCUGUGUAGAUAUUAGGGAAUGGCAAAAGUUGAAGUGUAACUCCUCAGUAAAGGCUCCAUGAUGAGCAUAUUAGAUGACAAUAGUAGUACUAGUUCGCUAUUCUAACACUGUUGCCUUUUGCCCAGCAUGCUUUUGUAUGUAUCUUUUCCUAUCUUCUAAGACUUCAGAAACAAGACAUGGCAGAGACUAUUGCUUUCACUUUGAAGAAAAGAAAACCAAGAAACAGGAGAGUAAACAUAUUGACCAAAAUCACUCACAGAAUUGAGGCACAACAUUGGGCUUAUAGUUGUCCAGACUAUCAAUGGUAGUGCUAUUCUUCUGAAUUAUAUUACUGCUGAGAAGUCUGGUGAAAUCCAACAACUGAGUCAGUCUUGGUGACCUGUAGGAAAUACCUGCAGACAUAAGAUGAGCUAUUACCUCGCCUUUUCAUGGUGAUCUUCACUGGUGCUUUUGGUAUUUGAAAGGGAAACAUUUCCAGUAAGGAACUCUGUACAAUGCUAUAGUACCUCCUGGUGGUCAGUCUGAAAUCUAUUCUUGACCAUAGUCUCAUAUGCAAUAAACAUUUUUCUUUGCUUUAUAAGCUGAUAGAUGCUGGCAGAGAAAUUUUUAGCACCUCAGGGAAUAUAUACAUUGUUGUUGGUUUCCCUAUAGGGACUAAAGCUUUUAAGUGAUAGAAAUUACCUGAAAAAUCAUCUAUAUAUUAAUGCAUUUAUCUGCUUAUUAAUUAAUUUUUUGUUUGUUUAUUUUGCAUCCUGACUGCAGUUUCAAAUUUAACAAAGAGUUCUGCUCUUGGGUUUCCUGACUGUUUUCUCCUCCACUUGAAAAAUGACUUAAGUCCUGAGAUUGAAAAUUCAGCUGUUUCCUUUAUGGUUCUGGAGGCUGAGGAACCCAAAACAAAGGUCUCAGUUGGGAAUGGCAUGUUAGUGAAUUUUCUUUCUGAUCUUUCAGAGCACUUACAGAGAGAAGAUAUAACUGAACUGGGAAAUUAACAGUUCCAGCUCUGCCACUUCAUCCUGGCCAUUGCUUCUUAUAUAUGAAGAUGGAUCAAAUAGGCAGCCAGUUCUAUGAGGAUCAGUGUAGACAGAGAAGUUGUAGACUUUGACAUCGGAUGUCAACAUUUUACACUGCCUCAAAUGAAAAUAAAUGACAAAAUAUUUUUUCGUAUCAUACAAGAAAUCACUUUGGUUUUCAAAACAGAUGUGUAUACAUCUUUUUUUUUCAGUGUGGAAAAAUAGGGAAAGUGUCAAGUACUUUAAACAAGUUCAAGGACCUUAGUACACUUGGCCCUCAUAUCCAACCCCAAACCACAACACACAGGCUAGAGCCUGUGAGGAAGUUCCUUCUUUUUCUUGUAACUGACAAUCACAGAAAUCCCAAGCAGGAAUCCAGGACUGCAGACUGUCAAUUCUUAUAGACAGGAGCAGAGCUUUCCCAGGUGUGAGAUACUUGUAUUUGAACCAAGGGAAAAAACUAGUGCAGAAAAAUUAUAACUCUAAGGGUCAAGAGCCACACAAGGAUGAAGACAGAAGUUACAGCUGAAGUUGCCAGCAGGGAAUUUCACUCAAUAUUCAAAUUUAUCUUAUCUACGAAACAUUCUAAGAAUGUAUUUUCAAUAUUAGUACAUAAGUAAUACAACCCUUUUAGAUAUAUUUAAAACAAGAGUGCCCUAAAUAGGCACUCUUUUACAAAGUGAAAGAUGACAUCAUUUUCAGGAUGUAUACAAUUAUACCCUGCUUUGAUGAAACUGCUGAAGGAAGCCUGCAUAAGAGCACAAUAAAACAAAGUACAAGUAAUUUGUAAGCUGGAGACAGCAAAUGCUCCUAAGAAAGCUACCACUGAGACAAAGUGAUGCCAUCUAAAUCUUUUUUUUGUAUAUAUAUGAGGGCUGUGUUUCUAAUCCAGCACUUGGUUUGGUUUGUUGUAGGAAUGAUAGCACAGGCCACAGCAGUGGACAUCUUCCUAGGAACUCUAGGAACCAAUUAAAUAGGACAGUGCUGAUAUUAAUUUUACUGUUUUCUGUAACUCCUUUCCAUUUUAUCCCCAGUGCAGGAUGGGGAACAGGAAGCCUUCAACCUGAAAGUUGGGAAAGUUGCAAACCCAGGACUGGUGAGGAGUUAAGCUCUCCUUAGGGAAGAAGAAGGCCUGAGGCACACACAGCCUGCCUAUAAAGGCACAAAAACCUAUCUGUAGUUGCUUCACUAUAGAGAUGGAAUCAACCGAAUCAUCAUGACAUGUAGUUCAGUGUCCAAACUAAAGAAGCCCCACGAACAUUCCUCUUCUUAAUGAUCUCCUUUAGUACCCCCUGUUCAUAUCAUCUCUGUACUCACAAUGACACCGAGUUUUCAAUUUUCUUUCACUUUUACUAUUUCAUUUCUGGCAUUAAUAAAAGUUUUAUAAGGAGA